AUGGAGAGUGACGGUGGGCGAAAGGCGCUGGCAGAUGUGAACAAGGAUGGGAAGAUGGACCAACAGGAAUUUUCAAUUGCCAUGAAACUUAUCAAGUUGAAACUGCAGGGCAUUCAUUUGCCUACAGCUCUUCCACCUGUAAUGAAGCAAACACCUGUUCCCUCACCAUUAACAUCUGCACGUUUUGGAAUGGGAAGUAUGCCAAACCUGACACUUCUUCCACCCAUGCAUGUUAUGACACCCUUGAUGCCUACCUCUUCGUUGACGUCCCUUACACCCUUGGGCCUGUCCUCUCCCUUGAUGCCUUCUCUCAGCACACCAUCCUUGCCAAAUGGAACUGCCAAUCUUCUAAAGCCUUCACCCUCUCCUUUGACUGCAACACUGCCUCUUUCUGGUUCCUUAAACCAGACAUCUUUGGGUUUUGGAGGUACUGGAAUGCAAAAAGCACAGUCACUGAUUGAUUUAGGAUCAAGCAGCUCUGCAUCCUCCUCACCCGCAUCACUGACUGGAAACUCUCCAAAGACUGGACCUUCAGAAUGGGUAGUACCUCAGUCAUCUAGACUUAAAUACAGGCAGCAAUUCAACGGUCUUGAUAAGGCUAUGACUGGCUACCUCUCAGGUCCUCAAGUAAGAAAUGUUCUUCUUCAGUCAAACCUCACACAAACGCAACUAGCCACGAUCUGGAACUUGGCUGAUAUUGAUAGAGAUGGAAAAUUAAAAGCUGAUGAGUUUAUAUUAGCCAUGCACUUAACUGACAUGGCCAGGUCUGGACAACCUCUUCCACUGGUUCUGCCACCUGAGUUGGUGCCUCCAUCUUUUAGGAGUGGAAAAGGAUGUGAUCCCAUUAAUGGAACUUUGCCUUUUUACCAUGGCAAUGAUGAAGAGAAAGAACUGCAGAAGAAAAUACCAGCUACAUUUGAAGACAAAUGGAAACAGAACUAUGAAAGGGGGAACAUGGAACUGGAAAAGAGGCGCCAGGCACUACUGGAACAGCAACAGAGGGAAGCUGAAAGACUAGCACAAAAAGCUAAGGAGGAGCAAGAACGAAGGGAAAGAGAGUUACAAGAACAGGAGAGGAAAAAACAGUUGGAGUUGGAGAAGCGUCUAGAGCAGCAAAGGGAAUUGGAGAGACAAAAGGAAGAAGAAAGGAGAAAGGAAAUUGAGCGACGUGAGGCUGCAAAACAAGAACUAGAGCGCCAACGACUGCUUGAAUGGGAGAGAAUUCGUCGUCAAGAGCUCCUUAAUCAAAGGAAUAGAGAACAAGAGGAUAUUGCCAAACUGAAAGCAAAAAAGAAGAGCCUUGAACUGGAACUUGAUGCAGUGGGUGAAAAACAGCAACAGAUUACAAGCCGUGUACUUGAUUUUCGCCGCCGAAAAGAGAAGCAGAAAGUGGAGCUUGAUGCUAUUAAUCAGAAGCGUGAUGUUGGAAUGAUGGAGAUAAACAGGUUACAACAGCAGUUGCAGGAUUACCAGAGCAAGUUGAAUGAGCUGAUUCCAGAAAAGCAUGCUCUAAGUGAACGAGUUAAGGAAAUGCAGCCAAUCACUGGUCAGGACACAGAGAUUAGACAAGUGCCGUCUGAAAAGCUGCAAUUGUGCCAGAAGCUCAGAGAACAGUUGGAUGCUUUAGAAAAAGAAACAUCAGCUAAGCUUUCAGAAAUGGAUUCCUUCAGCAGCCAACUUGAGAAUGAGGAAGUGGAUGAAUCUGUCCUGCAGUGCCUUUUCUCUCUGCUAAGCUGUCUCAACAGCCUCUUCCUCUUACUCAAGGAACUUCGUAAAAGUUACACCAAGCAGCAGCUGACAUUCAAGAAAUUAAGUAAAAUCAAAGAAGAUAAAAUGAGGGAAAUUGAGAGGCGGAAGACUGAAGAACUGCAGAAAAAGAAAGAGGAGGAAGCAGCAAUAAGGAGGGCAAAACAAGAGAAAGAAAACCUGUGGAAAGAAAGAGUUAAAAAGGAGGAAGAAGAACGGCAGAAGAGAAAUCAAGAGGAACAUUUAAGGCAGGAGAAGAUAAUGGAAGAAAAGCAGAAAGCUGAGGAGGCAGCUGCCGCAAGACAGAGAAUAAUAGAAGCUCAGCAACAGAAACUUGCCGAGGAGAAGCGCCAGCGGGAGGCCGAGGAGAGACAAAAGCAAGAAGCUGAGCAGAAACUGCAGCAGGAAGAAGAAGAAAGAAAAAAAUUGGCUCAGAGCCGCAAAGAAGCAGAAGAAAGACAAAAGCGAGAAAAGGAGGACAGGCAGAAACAAGAAGAAAUCCGACGAGAAAUGGAAGAACAGCGGCAGCAACAGGAGGAAGAGCGGAAAAGGAAGGACACUGGUGAUUCCAUCUAUCAGAAUUUGGAAAAGAGAAAUUCCAAAAAACAACUGGAUGAUAAACUUUUAGUCAUGCUGAAACAGAAUGAAAAAAAUCGUCUUGAAGGAGGAAAGACUGGCAAUUCAGGACUCCGCAAAUCCAUGGCUUUGGUCGCGUUCAAAGCUUUGUAUCCAUUUGAAGCAAGAAAUGAGGAAGAACUCAGUUUUCAUGUUGGAGACAUAAUACAGGUUGAUGAAGGAUCAGUAGGUGAGCCCGGGUGGUUGUAUGGUAGUUUCCAAGGAAAGACUGGCUGGUUUCCCACAAACUAUGUUGAAAAAGUGCCUGAAAAUGAAACACUGUCACCUAAAAAGGCCUUGCUUCCCCCUACAUUUUCCCCACAAGCUACCUCUCACACUUCUAGAUCUAUGUCUCCUACUGCAAAAAAAGAAGAUGUUGAUUUCUCACAUCAGCCUUUCUCCAACCUCAGUGGGAACACGACUUGGCAAAAGUCUGCUUUUACUCCAACCAUACCACCAUUGAGUUUAUCUCCAUUACAUGGCCAGGGUCAAGUAGUAGAAAAUUUGAAAGCACAAGCACUUUGUUCCUGGACUGCAAAAAAAGACAACCAUUUGAACUUUUCCAAAGAAGACGUAAUCAAUGUUCUAGAGCAGCAGGAGAACUGGUGGUUUGGAGAAGUUCAUGGAGAAAAGGGCUGGUUUCCCAAAUCCUAUGUUAAAAUAUUGCCUGGAAAUGACAGCAAACCUGUUGAAUCUGAGCCUGUUUAUGCAGUUGUUAACAAGAAAUCUAGUUCAGUUUCGCAAAGUGCAGAAGAUUAUAUUGCACUGUAUACAUAUGACAGUUCUGAGCCUGGCGAUUUGACAUUCAGUGAAGGAGAUGUAAUUCUGGUUACACAGAGAGGUGGCGAGUGGUGGACAGGAAGUUUUGAUGGUAGAACUGGAACCUUCCCUUCAAAUUAUGUAAAGCCAAAGGAACAAGAUGAUUUCACUAAUGUCAACAAAACUGGAACACUGAAUAAAAAGCCUGAAAUUGCUCAAGUCACAUCAUCUUAUACUGCAACUGGCUCUGAGCAACUCAGCCUGGCUCCAGGACAGCUCAUAUUAAUUUUGAAGAAGAACCCCAGUGGAUGGUGGCAGGGUGAACUUCAGGCAAGAGGAAAGAAGCGUCAAAAAGGCUGGUUUCCUGCUACCCAUGUGAAGUUAUUGGGUCCAGGCAGUGGUAAAUCGACCCCUGCACCUACACCAGUUUGUCAAGUUAUAUCCAUGUAUGACUAUACUGCAGCAAACGAGGAUGAGCUGACAUUUUCCAAGGGGCAGUUUAUUAAUGUACUGAGUAAGGAUGAUCCUGAUUGGUGGCAAGGAGAGGUUAAUGGAGUAACUGGUCUUUUCCCUUCAAACUAUGUAAAGAUGACUACAGACUCUGAUCCAAGCCAGCAGUGGUGUGCUGAUCUGCUGUCACUUGAUACAAUGCUUCCAAUGGAAAGGAAGAGACAGGGAUACAUACAUGAGCUAAUUCAGACAGAGGAACGGUACAUGGAUGAUCUUCAGUUAGUUUUGGAGGUCUUUCAGAAACCAAUGGGUGAAUCCAGUGGGCUACAAGAAGCAGAAAUGAGUUUGAUCUUUGUGAACUGGAAGGAGCUGAUCAUGUCUAAUACGAAGUUACUAAAAGCUCUGCGUGUUCGCAAGAAGACUGGUGGUGAGAAGAUGCCAGUGCAGAUGAUUGGUGAUAUCCUGGCUGCAGAACUCUCCCAUCUGCAGGCGUAUAUCCGGUUCUGUAGCUGCCAGCUCAAUGGUGCAGCACUGCUGCAGCAGAAGACAGAUGAAGAGCCUGAAUUUAAGGAGUUCCUGAAGAAGUUAGCAUCGGAUUCCCGUUGUAAAGGCAUGCCUCUGUCCAGUUUUUUACUGAAGCCUAUGCAGAGAAUAACACGGUAUCCUCUCAUUAUUAAGAAUAUACUGGAUAAUACUCCUGAGAGCCAUCCUGAUCACAGUCAUCUGAAGAUGGCCUUGGAACGUGCAGAAGAGUUGUGCUCUCAAGUCAAUGAAGGUGUGCGGGAGAAAGAAAACUCUGAUCGUCUUGAGUGGCUUCAGUCUCAUGUGCAAUGUGAGGGGCUUACUGAGCAACUGGUAUUCAACUCACUGACAAACUGUCUUGGACCCCGAAAACUGCUGCACAGUGGUAAGCUGUACAAGACAAAGAGUAACAAAGAACUAUAUGGCUUCCUGUUUAACGACUUCCUUCUGCUAACCUACAUGGUCAAGCAGUUUGUUUCUUCAGGUUCUGAAAAGUUAUUCAGCCCCAAGUCAAACUCCCAGUUCAAAAUGUACAAAACGCCUGUUUUCCUGAAUGAAGUUCUUGUGAAAUUUCCAACUGAUCCUUCAGGUGAUGAGCCCGUCUUCCAUAUCUCACACAUUGAUAGGGUCUAUACUCUGAAAGCUGAAAGUGCCAAUGAAAGAACUGCUUGGGUCCAGAAGAUUAAAGCAGCUUCAGAAACAUUUAUUGAAACAGAAAAGAAGAAACGAGAGAAGCUUUAUCAAGCACGCUCACAGAAAUCAUCUGGAAUAGGACGUCUGUUGGUGAAUAUUAUUGAAGCAACAGAGUUAAAACCUUGCAAACCAAAUGGGAAGAGUAAUCCUUAUUGUGAAAUUACCAUGGGGUCUCAGUGUUUUACUACAAGAACACUGCAAGACACACUGAGUCCAAAGUGGAACUUCAGCUGCCAUUUUUUCAUUAAAGAUGUUUACCAGGAUGUCUUGUGCAUCACCGUAUUUGAAAGGGAUCAGUUUUCACCUGAUGAUUUUUUAGGUCGCACCGAGGUUCCAGUAGCAACAAUCAAAAAGGACCAAGAGACAAAGGGACCAACAACAAAACGGUUAUUGUUGCAUGAAGUAUCAACAGGAGAAGUUUGGGUUCGCCUUGACUUACAGUUGUAUGAACAGAAGACUCUUCUUUAGAAAAAAGACUUUAUAAAGAAGGAAGCCUACAGUUCACAAUGUGAUAACUACUGUCUUUAGAAUUAUAUAACUUUCAACCAAAUAGUAAAAAAACAGCAUUCUCACUGUCAUUUAACCUUUCCAUUGAAAAAGACUUUGCCACAUUAUUUCCAACAGACAAACUAUGCAAAUUUUACAGUUUUAAAGAUGGUUGUACCAAGAAACUUUGUAGUAGUGGGUUGGUUACAUGCGUUAAAGAUGCCAUUUUUUCUUCCAAGCCAAUUUUUUACACAGAUGUGUAGCACUGAUUUUUUAUAUGAAAUCAUUAGCACUUUGAAAAUUGUAUAUGUAUACAUACAUCUAUAUCUAUAUAUGUCGAUAUAUCUAUCUUUACAUAUAUUUCAGAUCUGAGGUAUGAUUGGGUUGAGGGUUUGCUUCUAACCCAUGUAUUUAGUUUGACUACUGCCCAUUAUAAUGACAACCUUCUCAGGACAUUGAGACAGUUGAAUGCAGAACUUAAGCACUUGCAGAAAAUCUCUUCUACUGUAUUUUUCUUUUUCAAAGAAAAGGUAACUUUCUGCAAGGAUAAGGGAAAGUAAGAUUAUAUUUUUUGGUGGUCUGUCUGAUAUAUUCUUAGACCAAGUUGCUUGAAUGAAGGCUACUCCUAUUUAAAACAGGGACUUUAUUAUUUUGUUUUAAGUACUAUGAUCUGUAAAAAUGAAGACUGGAUUGCUUUCUUUUAUCAGAAAAUUAUUAAGUUAAAUGCCUUUUGAAAUUGUUCAUAUUUAAAAGCAUAACUUCAGUUUUUGUUUUGCCAACAAGUAAGGAAAUUUUAGUAACUUUAUCAGGGUAAAUUGUUUUAGAGUUGUUCUGUUAUUAGAGGCAAUAGUACUGUACCGUAUCUCAUGAACAGAAAAUCAAGACAGCAGACUGCAGAAUUGUGUUAGUUAUGAACCCUCUCACAGAAGUGAGUAAUAUUGUUUCAAGGGGUAUUUUAUUUAUUUAAGAAAUGGGCAAAAAUUGAAGAAAGUGGACCUGCUGAUUAUUGCAUUGAACAUCCUGUGUUCAUGUGAUUUGUGAUAUAAAAAAUUGCACUAGGAUGUCUAAUGUUUACUUUACCUUAUUUUGUCUGCCUAAAUAUGCUGUGCAUUAAACUUUGUGAACACUAAAAGAAACCUUUAGUAUGGUGAAACUGAAGCAAGUUGGGUCUUAAAACAGUGCUUGUUAGAUAUUUACCAGCAUAAAACUAGAGAGCAGUGUUAAAAUAUUCACCUCCUGGUGCAAAUGUAUGCUCUGCAGUUUGUUUGAGACUGGGAUGUAUACUUCUAAAGGAUGCUGCUCUGUGUCAAGCAACUUAGAGUUCAAAUUCGCUAAACGAGAUCUAUUCCUGGACAUAUAUACUGAAUAAAAAAGAAUUUGACUUGUACAGAGGUUUUAUAACCUGAAAUGCAUAUAUAUUUAAAUUGUGCAUAGUAAAGGCAGUUACAGCUCUA